AUGGCGGGCCGAAAGGGCCUCUGCUCUAGGCAAUCUCAUUGUAUGCUGAACAAGGCCCGAAAUGUGGAGGAUCUGAAGUUGUGCUUGGAGAUGAAAUCUCAGCUCUUCAAGGAACAUAAAUUGACUAGCACAUCAGAAUCUGAAGAGAAACAGCUACAAAGAAUGAUUUGGAGCCCCGGAAAGAGUCAAAUUAUUCAUUUCCCAAAGUCGUUAGCACUACCGAAAUCGAUCAAGAAACUCUCAAUAUCGUCUACACACGCUUCUCUUCCCUUGAGCAUAUACAAGGUAGAUGAUCUAUGA